GGGCUUUUACUCUCAUUGCUUCAACAGGAAUCAAAAUGGCGACGCCCAGCAAGAUGUUGAGUUUUUUUGUGGGACUUCUUUUAUUAAAUGCGUUCUGCUUUGCAAAUAGGGACAUUCCUGAUGAUGAGUUUGAAGGAUCACGAACCUUGGUCUUGGAACAUUCUUUUCAGUCAGGUCUUGCCGAUCAGUUUACAAAGCGGGGGACCAUUGUGAUCCACUCGCUGAAGGAAAGCAAAGCGCAGUUUACAGCAUCCACGUCACUCUCGCCGUCAGACAUUGAUCUGCUGCGGUCUUCAGCCCAGACUGAUGGCUUGUACAGGGUUCGUAUCCCGAUCAAAACGAGCAACGACGGGAUCGCUUCCUAUGUCAGCUCAGCCACCAAGGCGUGCGGGAUUGUCGAGUCGGGACUCAAGGACGAGAUCACAGUGAAUUUCGACCAAUCUGGGGAGGUUCUGGGUGUGAGUAUCCGUGCGGACGUGUCAUCGUGCGCUGGUCUGGACGUGCCAGACACAAACCUGAGCCAGUGGCGCACGGCUGUGGAGGUGACCACCACGGUGGCUGGACCCAGCCCGGACACACAGACGUACAUCGAAAAGAUGAAGAGAGACGAGCAGGAGAAGCUGAAGAACCAGGAUGGAGACAACCGCUCCUUCCUCGGCAAAUAC